GGGGGGGAGACAUGCGCUGAGGGUUCCCCUGCUGUUAUGAGAAGCAGCCGCAGCUCCUCUGAAUGAAAGCAUUCUUCAUUCCGUGCGGCUGACCAAUAACUUCUCCUCAGUCUGUGGUGUUUGACGCGUCAGCCCGGCGCGCCCACUGCACAUCUCACAGCUCCACCGUCCCUCCACAGUCCCUCCACAGCAACACAGUAUAACUUGGAUGGACUCACGGAAAGACUACACACAUGCUGCAGAAACGUCAGCGAAGGAGUGGGGAGUCAGGGACGAGGCCCGGCAGACACGGAGCUACAAAGGCUAAGUUAGCAACCACUUGGAUCCGGGAGCUGUGGGAGUUUUAAUCAGAAACACUACUAAAGGGGAGCGGUGCGUUUUAGGAGCUACUCGGGAAACACCCAGCCAUAACUACAACACAGGAACUGAAUGAUCGGAAAGAAGGGCAAGACAGGCGUCUGGAUCAUCCUGGAGAGCAGCCCCGCAUAAAAAACAAACAGUGUGAGAGCUUUUUGAAAGAAUGGAUGACACUGGCGAGGACUAUGGAAAUUACACCUAUGAAUAUGACUUGGAAUACGGUGACUUGGAGGACCUUAAAGUGGAACACAGGCAGAAGGAAACUAUGCACAUUAUCUCAGUGGUCGUCUACAUAAUCUCCUUCAUGCUCGGCCUGAUUGGAAAUGGGACUGUCAUUUGGGUGACAGCGUUUAAAAGCAAAAGGACAAUCAACAGUGUUUGGCUGCUAAAUCUUGCCAUUGCAGACUUCGUUUUUGUGCUUUUUCUGCCUUUCUACAUUGAUUACAUCCUUCGGGACUUCCACUGGGACUUUGGCAUGGUCAUGUGUAAGAUUAACUCAUUUGUGUCUGUGAUGAACAUGUAUGCCAGUGUGCUCUUCCUCACAGUGCUCAGCAUAGACAGAUACGUUUCUCUGGUCCACCUCAACUGGUCACAGAAGCACCGCACUGUAAGAAGAGCCUGGGUUGUAUGUGGGUGCAUAUGGGUGCUAGCUGCUGCCUUGAGCUGCCCUGCGCUUAUUUUUCGUGACACAAUGCGCUUGCAUGACAAGGUGGUGUGCUUCAACAACUUCCACGACAAAAAUGCACAAACAGCAAUCAUGAGACACGUUAUUAUAGUGGUCAUUCGUACCACUGUUGGCUUCCUUUUGCCUUUUACGGCGAUAUGUGUGACAGGCAUACUUCUGACAAUCAGAGUGAAACAAUCUGGGGGCUUGGUUCGCUUCUCCAGCUUCUCCAAAACAGUCUCAGCUGUGAUUCUGGCCUUCUUUAUAUGCUGGGCACCUUUUCAUACUUUCAGCUUGAUGGAGUUAUCUGUACACUCCUCAAUGUCCCUUCACAACAUACUGAAAGCUGGCUUUCCUCUCGCCACCAGUCUAGGCUUUUUUAAUAGCUGCAUUAACCCCCUGCUGUAUAUGCUCCUGGGUAAAAAAGUGCGUCAUAUCCUGAAGCGUGCAUGCCUGAACAUUACUAAGAGUUCACUGAGAGAGCUCAGCCAAUCAGUCUCUGCCACUGAGAUGGAGUCUGUGCCAGGAGUUCACCAGGACGGUGUGCCAGAGAACUCUGUGGAGUCAUCAACUCUAUGAUUACAACCAUAAUCAGACCGUAGAAGUGGUCCAUGAAAAACAUGACUGGCUGUUACUUGGACAACGAAUGGUUAUUACUGCUGUUCUUUCCAGCUCCGUGUUAAGAUUUUCCUUUUUUUAUUUGACAGAGUUAUUACUUUAUAUGGAAAAUCAAAGUUGAACUGUGCAUACUGAGUUUGUAUCAUCUGUUCCCCUACUGCAUAACCAAAGCGACAUAAAGUAAUGCUAAGGCUAAAGUAAUGUUUAAAAUGUAAUAUAUUCACCUGUAAUUCUACUGUUAUCCAGCUUCUUGACUGUCAGAAUUUGCUGCUUAAAUUUCUUUAUCUGAUAUUAUAGUACACUGAACGUUUUUGCAUUGGCAAAUAAAAAAGGAAUUUGACGAGCUUUGGAAAACUUUGUCAAAUUAAAUUAUGAGUCACAAUUAACUGACUGUUAACUUUGUUGUAACAAAGAUAUAUUUACAAAAUGAUAACACAAAAUGUGUUAAAAUUGUACUUGUGAAGGAUGGCAUCUUUGGUUGUUGGAGUGUAUGUGUACAUAACAUGAUGAGUGUAUUUGUAUUCUAACAUUGUGUUUAUAUAGUUUUAUAUAUUUUGUAUAUAACUGCUGCUACUCACCUUUUAAUAUAUUGUAAGAUUUUUAAACUAGCCCAGAGCUUUAUAGAUGUUUUACUCUAAUAUAUGACAAAUAUAUACUUUCUUCAGAAAA